ACAGUACAAUCUCCCUACCGGUUCACCAUCGAGCUGUCGUACGUUACCUGCCAACGACAGGCUUUGGUCUGAGUGUGCGGUUUUUUUCUUUUUACUACACACACACACGAGCGGUAAUCUGUUUUCCUUGCCAGCUUAACUUAAUUACUGUAUAAACAUAAAAACCGGUAUUAAAUAAUACAAUAUAAUAAAUCGCAUAUUGAUCCUGAACCAGUUGUAUAGUGACCGGCGCCGAAAUAGCGUUCUCGCAUUAUCAUUUCAUCCUUCGUGUCAUCCACUAGUCUCCCACAGACUAACGUACCGUACAAUGGGAGUCACCAUUGUGUUAGGAUUGACCGUCUUAUGCGCCACGACUUACAGUGGGGCGUUUGAUUUUUCCGGGUUCGACCAGUUUGGUAAAGCUCUGCACGCGCCUAUCACAAACCAGCCAGGACAACAUUUCAAGUCGGUCGCGGUGCCUAAUCAGCUGAAAAACGUAGCAGCAAAAUUCAACGGUCCGUCAUUCGAUCAGUUCAGACAACCUUUUCAACAUUUCCAGCACGGCGGACCGUUCGGGAGCAACGUCCAACAGUUCGGUCCUUAUCCCGGAUAUCCCGGACCAGUGGUCUAUCCGGGCCACGGAGGCGGCUAUCCCGGUCCAGCACCGUAUCCACAGGCUUCGUACCGUUUCGGUGGUGCCGACCAGACUCCCUUAGGAUUCCAUCCGUUCCCGGCACCUGUUCAGGCGCAGUCCGGUUUCGGUCCGGCCAAAGUCGGCGCAAAGAAGACGUACAAAACCGUACCCGGAGCCGCUGCCAACUUCCCCUUGCCCGGCAAAUAUUUCCAAGAACACAACGUCAACGCAUAUCACGGACCCGAGUUCUCUUCGGCCACCGUGCCUUUCGACCAUAACCUCAAAAACUCCAAGCCCAAAGACGCCGCCGUGUUCGGCCAACCGAUCAUUCCGACCGAGACGAUUUUCAAAAACUUCAACUUCCCCAGCCCCGGAGCCUUUGGAUAUUCACAAUUCGGAUUUCCACAAUAUCAGCCAUACCCACAGAUCCAGUCUUUCCCGCAAGCUCCGACAUUCGGCAAGGCCGAACCGGCCCUCGGUAGCUCUACGAUCAAAAGCCAAGGUAUCGACGAGAGAUUCCGCGCACCCGUUACCCCAACCACUGUUCAAGGAGGUUCGGCAACGUCGCGAUCCACAGAGGUCACAAACCAACAGCCAUCGGUGGCAUCGUCUACGUUGCCUACCGCCGACGACACACUCAAGUCAGAACAAGCCAACAGUUCACCGUCGCAGGAGGAGGCCAACGCCGGCACGACCUCCACCGCCGCCUCCGAAGUUUCGGACAACAAUGAAGCACCAGCGGCUGACGAUACAACGGGCCAACAACCUAACCAAGAACAAUCCGUCGUGGCCACCGGGGAAGGGGUCAACGAACCCAAUGCCGGUAACGAAGGUGCUGUAAACGGCCAAGGUCUGCAAGUCCAAGAAAACGCGUCUCAAGAGCCGAAAGAGUUCACGCCGGUGAUAGUCGAACAAGUCGGCGACAGCUCGAGCGGAAGCACUGACGAAAACUCCAACGAGUCGACGGCGGUAGUCGGUGAUUCUGCUCCGUCGGCGCCAACAGAAACCGCGACGGUUGAAAAAUCCGAAGAGAUCAUAGGAGACAAGCCAGCAGAACCUGCUGACAAACAACCAGUGCUCGUCAACGGCGCACUCCCGGCGGCAUUGCAAAACGGACUGGUCGCGCCUGUCGUAUCCGUGUCAGACCCAAGUGCGGCGAGUCUAUUCGGCCAACCCGGAUUCGCGGCCUUUGCGCAAAAUCUCGACCUACAACAACAACAGCCGUUGUACUUGCCUUACUACGACCCCGUUAGCUUUGCGGGGGCGGGCCUAAGUGCGUUCAAUAACCUCGGCGGAAACAUUCAACAGGAGUCGGUCGCAAUCUCCAACAACGGUGCCCAAGUCAAGGGCGUCCAGAACGGCGAAGCACCCGCUUCGGACAAUACCGUGACAACCGAAAGUAGCAGCAGCAGCACAACCAGUAUCAGCAGCAGCAGUAAUAGUGCUUCGCUAAGUAGCACCGUGUCCUCGACAACAUCCGAUGAUGGUCCAGAGAAAAAAGACACCAGUCAAUCCGGUGCACGAAACGAACCACCCGUAGAAGCACCGAAAAAGAGUAAUACCGUGCAAAUAAUCCAAGACGGUUCGUCUUUCUCUGGACUGCCCACACUCUAUGAUCCGUCGAGCAGCUUACCGUUGGACAGCAGCAAAUUUUUCAACCAUCCGUCAAUAACCGCCUACUCCGGGCAAGCCGCCUUGGACACAUACUCGCCCGAAACGGCGUUCACAGAUUUCGGCUCUCUGUUCCGGCAAGGGUACUUGAUCGAAGGUUCUCCUUCACUGUUGCCAACCGACAACGUGCCGUCCAUCCAGACAAUCAAAUCCGUCACUCCCGUGUCCAUCGCUUCCAAAGACCAUCCGUUCCACGGCCAAGUGUUCAAAUACACCAACGCCCACGUGCCGUACCCCGGUUUGGUAGAGCCUAAGAUCAACCCACAAGGACUUAAGACCUACGACUUUGCUUCCCAGGUCGCAUCUGUCGAAUCGAGCAGCCCUUCGGUGACCAGCGCAGACACGGUCAGCACUACCACUAGCACCACAGAAACGGCAUCGGUUAGCGCCAAGGCCUAAGAUUGUCGCCAUUGCAUUAGAAUGUCAUCCAUACACCGAAACUUCAAAUGCCAUUUUUUUAAAAAUAAUCACACUUAAUAAAUUGUACGUUAAAAAAAGUUUUAAUCCAAGAAGGGUUAAGAGUAGUCUUCGACGGACGACUGUAGAAACCGACAGAUGGACACAUAUACAUAUCAUGAAAUCCCAACCGUCCCGAGACCCUAAACAACUACAAACAACUAAAAAGAGGUUUAUUGAUUAUAAUUAUUUAAAAUUAUUAUUAUUAUUAUUAUUAUUAUUAUUAUUAUUAUUAUUAUUAUGUAUAAUAUUAUAACUAUUGUGAUCUUUUUUGAAACGAGUUUAUAUGUAU